AUGGAGACGACUUCAAAGCCCCGGUCCUUCUUCCAAGGCGUCAGAUCCAGAGAGCUACACGGAUCCCGAGCUCCGAAGCGGUCCUACGUGGAUUGCCUGGCUUCGGAAUUCUCCGAGGCCGGAGCUAUUGCCGCCGAGCACAACGGACCUCCGAUGGCCAUUUCGUUCGGCAAGACCAGUAGAAACUCUCACAUUGUGGCCAUGUCUGAUGAGGAUGGCUACUUGAGCUUGUUCGACACGCGGCGCAGGUUCUCGGCGUCUGCAUCUCACCAGGAAAAUGCAGAUAGAACCAAGGUUUGUGAUUGGGUUGCGCAUCAGAAUGCGGUAUUUGACAUCUGUUGGAUAAAGGAUGAUACUCAAAUUGUGACAGCUUCUGGUGAUCAAACUGUAAAAGUAUGGGAUAUUCAGGAGAAGAAAUGUACUGCAGUUCUAAUGGGGCACACUGGAAGUGUGAAAUCUUUGAGCCCUCAUCCAACUAAUCCUGAUAUUAUUGUCUCUGGUUCAAGAGAUGGCUCCUUUGCUCUCUGGGAUAUGAGAUGCAAUUCAACCUCCAAAAAUACGCUUGCAGAGCUAUGUAUAUGCCCUACUGCUGUGAUCAAAGGGGCUCAUCUUACCCCCUGGGCAAAGCGUUCAAGGCGUGGAAGGGCUGCUCCAAGGAGCAUCACAUCAGUUCUUAAUCUUAAAGAUGAGGUUUCCAUUGCUACCGCUGGAGCUGUGGACAGUGUCGUCAAGUUCUGGGACACUAGAAGUCUGAAAACUGUAGUCACACAGACAUGUCCUCAGAUGGAGUCAAAUGAGAAGGAGAGAAGAUUUCAUGGCAUAACUAGCUUAUCCCAAGAUUUAAAUGGAGUGUUUGUUUCAGCCUCUUGUAUGGACAACAGCAUUUAUCUGUACAAUGUGCUUCAGCUAGAAAAGGGUCCUAUGCAAUCCUUCUCUGGAGGUCGGAUUGAAUCCUUUUUUGUGAAGUCGGCUAUCAGCCCUGAUGCUGCUUACAUACUCAGUGGUUCUAGUGAUGGAAAUGCCUACAUUUGGCAGGUAAACAAGCCUCAAGAAGAUCCAGUAAUAUUGAAAAGCCAUGAUGGAGAAGUUACAGCAGUUGACUGGUCCCAUUUUGAGGUUGGGAAGAUAGCAACUUCUUCAGAUGAUUUUACGGUUCGCAUCUGGAACUCUGAGAAUCGUUACUGCCCUAGCACCCCAUCAUCAUCUGCAAUUAGAAGAAGAAUUAUGGCUUUCCCUGGUGUAGAAUGUAGAAGGCUGAUGAACGAAUCAAUGGAUAUGUCAAAGGAUGGAAAGUCCUGUCGCUCGGAUGAAGGAGUAGAUGAAAUUAACUCACUUAAUCCAAUUAAAAUGCCUAGAAUCUGUACUCCUGAUUCACAGAAGAAGCAAUGCAUGUUAGAUUCCGACAUGAGUGAAACAUUUGAAAAGACCCCUGAAGCUACAAUGAAGAGCCCCUCUUCUGUUCUGAACCCUCCCUCUUCUCUAAAAAGGAAAACUAUCCGCGAUUACUUUGUAGUACCUACUCUGAACUUGUAGGUCUCCAUUUUCCUUUUGCUGGCAUAGUUUUGGAGCUCACUGUACAAA